UUCUUCAAAUACAAUUUUUCUUGGCUGAAGACGUCAGGUCUUGAAACUCAUGGAGAAAAUAUUAACAUCACCGUAAAGAACGAGUCUUCCAAACUCAUUUUCUUCCUCCAUCCAAAGAUAAUGGAAAGCAACGAAUCCGCGAGAGAGAAAGAGAGCAUGGUGGAAGAAGUGUUCGAGGACAUGUUGCCAGUGAUGGCAGAGAAGCUGGGUGUGGAGACCUUUGUGUCUGAGUUGUGUGGAGGUUUCAAGCUUCUGGCCGACCCAGAAACGGGUUUGAUCAGUGGUGAGAGUCUGAUGAGGAAUUCGGCUCUAUUGGGUAUGGAUGGGAUGAGCAAAGAGGAAGCAGAGGCCAUGGUUGGACAGGGCGAUCUUGAUGGGGAUGGGAAGCUCAAUGAGACUGAGUUUUGCAUCCUUAUGCUCAGGCUCAGCCCUGGGAUCAUGGAAGAAGCCGAAACUUGGCUUCACAAGGCACUUCAACAAGACCUCACCAAAUCCUCAACUUAAACUCCAUCCUUCUGUAAUCAAAUGUAAGUUAUUUGUGUGUGAUGGAUGUAUCGUGCAAGUUAUUUAACACUCUAUGAAUGAUUUCUAAAGGGAAUUUAACUAUAAUGAAAUGAAUGAGCACUUGGGUUGUUCAACCAAAUAUUAUUUU